AUGUCUUCCGAAACUCAAAAUUCACAGAGGAUACUGAGAUGGGUUCAGGAAGAGGAAGAACGUGUAAGAGAAAAUAACAGAAAUGCAUCGAAGUGCAUAAUUUUAGACAUGAUAGCUGUUACAACAAUAGACACAAGUGGACUUGAAACUUUAGGUGAACUUAGAAAGAUGCUGGAAAAGAGAUCACUUCAAUUUGUGUUGGUAAAUUCUGUUGGAAAUGUGAUGGAAAAGUUAGAUAUGUCGAAGAUUUUGGAUAGCUUUGGACUUAAAGGAGUAUAUCUCACUGUAGGAGAAGCUUUGGCUGAUAUAUCGACAUCAGAGAAAGAUGAACCUUGUCUGAUAUUUCUAGACUAUACCCGUCAUCUAUUAUUUCCGUUUUGGUUAACAUGUAACAAAUUUUUGGUUCUGAAAUCUUAA